UUCUAUAAAAAUCUCUAGUAUUUGACGCAAAUGAUCACAUAAAUUUAAAGGGUUUUCUAAUUUCAUCCUUAAAUAUAGUAUUGAGCAUAUACCCUCUCUGUUUUUGUUUCUGGUGCAAUCUUGCUUUGGGGCUAAUAGAAACAAAAGGAAUUUACUUUAUAUAACUACUCCGGAAAUUAAACAGAAACAGCUUAAUAUAGUUCUUCCCCAUACCAGAAGCUAACAUAAGGUCUCUUUUGGUGCUAUGGGUUUCAUUAUUUUGUACGCCGACUGUAAAGUCCAAAGGGGUUGGUUGUAACCUGUGAAUGAGGAUGAAAUUUUGAGAAGAUCAUAAGAAUGCUUAACUGUGGGGCCAUAUUUGCAAAUUCAUGAGAAUAAUUCAGCGGCAACAAGUAUAGCGGGAAGCCGAAUCUGAAUGCAAUCCGUGGUUAGCAUAAAAACUUGGUCUAUUUAAAAUUAAAAAGUAAGCAAAAUUUGCAACCACAGAUCUUCUGGUUUCCUUAUGUAUAGUGAAUAAAACGUUCACGUACAGCUAGAAAAGAAUGAGACAAACACAGGAUUAGAGAAGGAAUCUUUUAGGAGAAAGAUAAAAGGAAGAAGACUAGAAAAUCUUCGUUUGACGAGAAAGUACUUGUUAGAACAUUAACACAAAAGAGGUUUCCGAAGUAUAAACACCUUCAAGGGAAAGAAAAGCAUUUUGCGAUGUGAACCAAAAAUUUGACCUCAGGAAAUAAAUUUGAUCCAUUGCUCUUAUGUCUAAUAUCUGGAUUUACUUCUAAAGAUUAUACACUUGAACAAAAAAGAGGGGAAAAAAAACUUCCAAUCAGUAACAGUACUCAAGCUGCCCAAAUCAAAGUAGAGAGAUCAAUCCAUUUGGCCCUAAAUAGGAACCCUAUUCGGGUGCCUAAAACUUUUUGAUGAACACAGACGUCGUUUGGGCUAACGAAGCUGUAAUGCCUAAGGGGAAAUAAAUAACCUCUUGUAGUGAUAUGUCUUGAUGCAAAAGAAAGAAAAAACUCUAAGAUCAUUCAAAUUGAAGCUAAAUUCAUCUCCCCGAUUUGGUCACUGGCCAAUUGAAUUGUCACGUAUACAAUUCAAACAUGAACAUUUUUAAAAAAAUGGAAAGAACAUGAGUAUAAUACCCAAGUCUGCAUCGCCAAAAUGUUGCUUUGUCCUUUUACCCCUUCCCAGGCCAAAUAUUGGUUAAUCAACAAGGUUGAAUGAAUUCAACAACUUUUAAACGUUUAGAGACUUUUAGAGGGAUGGACAAGAGAGAGACUACGAGAGGGGUCACCUUUAUAAACUUGACAACUAUGAGGCAGCUAAUUCUUAUCUCCCUGAAACUCAUGGACUAAAGAGCAAAUACUCCUUUUAGUAGUCUAUUUAUUGAGUUUAUUUUGUUUACUUGAUUACACUUCCCUUCAACAUUACCGAUUCUGGUUCCCCUGAUUCUGUUCCCUGUUCAGAAUUCAGUUCUGUACUGUUUUCAGCAUUCUCCAUUUCACCUCAACUUUGCUUAACUCUCGUAUUUUGUCCAUCUCAAUAUUCUUUAGUUUUUUUUUUAAUAUUUACUAUUUAAAUGUAUUUUUUUCUUUGAAAUAUAAGUGACCACUGAGCAGAGACGGAGCAACGUCAAUGGUGAUAAAGCUCUCAACUUUAAAGCUUCCCAAGAAAAUCCCCAACUGGGUUUGUUCAAAACCCUCUCUUUCUUCACUUUCUGGUGCUUGUAGAAUUCAAAUCAUCCCCGAAACCAAUCAGCCCUCUACCCCUUCUUCUGACUUCGAUACAAAGAUUCAAUUUUUAAAGAAUAAGCUUCACCCUGAAACUUUAGCCACCGUUCUUGAUUCCACAACUGAUUUGGAUUCUUCAUUGAAGCUAUUCAAAUGGGCUUCCCUUCAAAAAAAGUUUCAUCACUCCGCUGAUACUUAUUUUCAGAUAAUCUUGAAGCUAGGUAUGGCUGGUAAAGUAGAAGAAAUUGAAGGUUUUUGUAAUGAGAUGAUAAAGGAGAAAUGUCCAAAUUAUGAACAGGUUCUUUUGGCUUUGUUAGAUGCAUUUGUUAGAAAUAGUAGGCUUAGUGAGGCUUUGUGUGUUCUUUCUUGUAUAAAUUUGAGUAGCUUAAAGCUCUCUAUAUCUGAAUUUAAUCAAUUAUUAGGUGCACUUAUCAAGGAAAAGAAAGAAUUUAAGGAUGUAUUAUUCGUGUAUAAGGAGAUUGUGAAAGCUGGAAUUGGUCCCAAUAUUGAUACACUUAAUUAUAUGAUAGAGGCUUUGUUUGCUGCCAAUCGUGUCGAUGCUGCAUUGGAUCAAUACAAACGUCUUCAUAAGAAAGGUUGUAAUCCUAACGGAAGGACUUUUCAGAUAAUUAUUGGCGAACUUGUUGCGAGGGGUAGAGUGGAUGAGGCACUUGUAAUUUUGGAUGAUAUGUUUAGAAUACGGUGUGAACCGAAUUAUUCUAGCUUUUAUGCUCAUAUAAUUCCUUUAUUUUGUGAGUUGAAUAAAUUAGAUGUAGUAACGAGGUUGUUCUCUAUGAUGAGAGAAUCUAAGGUUCUUCCGGAUACACCAACUUAUGGGUCAAUGAUAAAGUGUUUGCGCGAGAAUCUUCUCGUGGUUGAUGCUGUAAAACUUGUAGAUGAGAUGGUGUAUAGUGAUGUUAGGCCAGAUGAUGAUGUGUUCAUGAGUAUAAUAGAUGGAUUAUGUGAAUUGAAUAUGUUGAGUGAAGCUAAGGAGUUUUUGAAUGACAAAGAAGUUGCAAGUGUAUUGCCUUACAAUGCACUUCUUGAAGCUAUUCUAGAUGAUGGCACCUUUAGUAUGGCCAGAGAUCUGUUUGAUGAAAUGCUUGAGAGAAACAUCACUAAUGAGUCUUCUUGGAAUAUCAUGAUUAGAUACCUGUGUGAUAAUAAAAGGCUGAAUGACGCCUUGAAGUAUCUUGCUAGGAUGAUUGUUUCCUCGGUUAGCCCUGAUUCAUCAACAUAUUCUGCUCUCAUCAUUGGCAACUGCAAAUUAGGUGAAUGUGAGGAUGCUUUGGCUUUGUUUCAUCUACUUAGUGCCAAAGCUGGGUUAAAUAUAGAUUUGGUAUCAUAUGCUCAACUUAUUGAGUGUCUUUGCCAGAAGGAAAAGAUUCAGGAAGCUGCUGAAGUAUUUUGCUUCAUGUCAACAAGGAAAUGCGCUCUUGAGUCCAUCCCGUUUGACAAGCUUAUGAAGGGACUUUGUACUAGUGGCUACGCUGGUAGAGCAAUCAAAUUGCUACCAUUGGCAUAUUAUUCUGGUACAUUGUCUUCUACUGCUGCUUACAACAGCGUAUUGCAAGGCCUAUUCAGUUUAGGCAGAGCAAGUGAUCUCUUUAUAGUGAUCUCGAGAAUGAUCAUAGAUGGCUGUACCCUGGAUGGGGAAACAUAUUGCAUUCUCAUUCGGGGCAUGACUUCACUUGGGCAUAUAGAGAAGUCCGCCCUGUUCUUCGAUUCAAUGCUUAGUCGGGGUCUAUCACCAGAUUCAGAAACACUUGCUGAACUUCUAGAAUAUCUGGUGAAAAACUCUCAGGUCCAUGUGAUACUUUCUUCAGUAGAUAAACUCGUCUCAGAAUUUGAAGUUGUUGAUUCAGCUAUGUACAACAUGCUGAUAAAUGCCCUCUUGAAAGAGGGAUACAAAACCAAGGCCUCUUUCUUGCUGGAUUUGAUGCUGGAAAAGGGAUGGGUCCCUGAUGCUAGUACUCACGCUUUAUUAGUCGGUUCCAGCGCGGAAGAUGAAACAGAUACCAAAAGGCCUUCCCAUGACAAUUUGAUCACACAGGAUACUGUUGACGAUAUACUUGCUGAAGGUUUGGGGAAUUCAGAUGGACCUGACUACAGACUAUAACACUGUAAUUGGUGAUGUUGUUUCAGCAAUAACCUUGAAUGGUACGUAAAUGUAGAAUAUAGGUGGUCUGAAGCAAAUUAUGAUGCAUGUUCUCCAAAUCUUCCGUUAGAUACCUGCUUCAAUUUUCAAGACUGAUCUACAAACCACACCUAAAAGUGAACAGACUUUUUUCCGUAGUAAUGGUGGUGUUUGAACCAGCUCACACGCACGUCGACUAAUGCACUGGGUACCUUCUACCUCUCACCAGCACAAGUAACAUGUAACUAUGUCCACAAAGGCUUAGAUUGAUGAGAAGAAAUCACCAAACAUUUUUGCCUCUUCUGGGAUGCAGGUGAUUAGUAUACUACUACAACCAAUAUUAAGGUCAACUGUAUCAUAUGCUGAGUCCCCACUUUGUGGGAUUUUACUGGGUCGUUGUAUCAUAUGCUGAGCAACUAUGCAGUUGUAGCUGUUGAGAAAUAUGUGCUCAGCUCAAUUUGUCUGAGCUCAAUUCUUGUGUGCUCGGCUCAUCUCUAUCUGUUGGAGGCUACAAGCUAUGUUCAGAUCUUAACAUUCUUUCGAUAGGCUGCGGCCUCAGAUCAGGCAAGUCCAAGCUCGGCUAGAGAUAUUAAGAAGGAAGCUCAGAACGCUGUUUAGUACUUGCACUCAAGCUGUGCCUGAAAUGUACUCGUUCAACAUUGUAUUCAGAACAGAAAUGAAUGAAAUAGUGAUUCUUCGUUCUUUCGAAUAUCUUAACAGCAGAUAAGCAGAAAAAAUAUUGACUGUAAACUGCUAAGUUUAUAUAUGGUACUUGCAUGCAGAAGGUUUGUAUGGGUCAAAAUCCGCCUUUAGAAUAUUCAGGCCGAGAUAACAUUAUGAGAAGGAUCCUCAAGUCAUCAUUUAAGAUGGUCCGAGAAGCCGCACAAGCCUGUGGUCGAGGAGAGCCGCAGUCAAGGCACCAACAAGGAUCAAGGUCGAGGUCGAGUACCGGCGAUAGAGCUGUAACGGCUAGUUCUCAAGAUAGGAUCUGAAAAAGAAUAUUCUAGUGGAUAUUCUAGCGAAUAUUCCUUACAUUUGUACUAUUAGGGUUUCUUGGGAAGAUAUCCCAUAUAAAUAGAAAAAGGAGACAGAAUAGAGGGGCACGUGAGAAUCAUUUGGAAGGAUAGCACUUUGACAAAGAUUCGGUCUUCACUCAAUACAAAGAUAUACUUUUCACUGAGAUUCUUAUCUACCGUUUACCAUCGGAUCUGAGAAAUCCUUGGUGAUUUUAGGAUUUGUCACUCAAUCAUUGUCAAGUGAAAGGUUUAUUUAUUCCACCCUUUAUUGAUUGAA